CUCGUCUUGGAAGCUCUCUCCGGGUCUAACAUCGCCGUCACCCUCGGCAUUCCCAAUUCCAUGCUCAGAGCCCUCAAUUCCUCCAUUAAAGCCGCCCACAGCUGGGUCCACGACAAUGUCACUCGUUAUGUCUCCUCUGCCCGCACUGGACUCCGAAUCGAGUAUGUUGCUGUAGGAGACGAACCGUUUCUCCAGAGAUAUGGCGAGCAGUUCCAUCCUUUUGUCAUUGGAGCAGCCACCAAUAUUCAAACCGCUUUGCGCAGAGCCAACUUGGAGAGCAAGGUGAAGGUAGUGGUUCCUUGCAGUUUUGAUGCCUUCCUGUCAGAGUCAGGUCUUCCUUCAAAAGGGCACUUCCGAGCUGACGUUAACAGAACCAUGAUUCAACUUCUCACAUUCCUAACAAAGCAUGGCUCACCAUUUUUUGUUACCAUCUCCCCCUUUUUAAGUUUCCACCAAAACAAAAACAUCUCUCUUGACUUUGCUCUAUUCAAAGAAACUGCAAAACCUCGCAAUGACAGCCGUAGAACAUACAAAAACAGCUUCGACCUAAGCUAUGAUACUCUUGUUGCUGCAUUGUCAACUAUAGGAUUCUCCAGAAUCAACAUUGUCGUGGCACAAAUCGGCUGGCCUACAGAUGGAGCUGCCAAUGCAACCUCAGCCAUUGCAGAAACCUUUAUAAAAGGCUUGAUGGAGCAUCUUCAUAGCAGAGUGGGGACGCCAUUGAGACCUAAAAUUCCACCAAUUGAGACGUACAUACUUAGCCUCUUAGACGAGGAUCAAAGAAGUGUAGCUGCUGGCAGUUUCGAGAGACACUGGGGCCUCUUCACUUUUGAUGGUCAAGCCAAGUAUCGAGUUGAUUUUGGCCAAGGCUCAAGAAACCUUGUAAAUGCACAAAAUGUUGAGUACUUCCCAUUAAGGUGGUGUGUACUGAACAACAACAAGGACUUGUCUAAUGCAACUACGAGUGCUCAGGAGGCGUGUUCUGCUGCUGAUUGCACUGCACUGUCUCCGGGCGGGUCAUGUUCCAACCUUAGUUGGCCUGGGAACGUAUCGUAUGCAUUUAAUAGCUACUACCAACAACACAAUCAAAGUGCAGAUAGCUGUGACUUUGGGGGUUUAGGUUUGAUCACGACCGUAGAUCCAUCUGUGGACAAAUGUAGGUUUCCAGUUGAACUUCGAAAUUCUUAUUCACAUUCCCUAAAGAAGGCGACCUCUCUUUUCCGGAUUAUGACUUUGCUAGUGGCAGCCAUUUUGGUGCCAUAAAGCAGAAUGGCAUAGCAAAACAGAUAGAGGGGCACUUUUGCAGCUACCUGAUCUGUCUCGAGUUCAGUCUUGUCGAUGUCUGUUGCUGUAUUAAGUCAUUGAGAUAAGCCGAGGACUAAAUAUUUUUCAAAGCUACCCCUUUUUCUAGUCAUUGAGAUAAGCCGAGGACUAAAUAUUUUUCAAAGCUACCCCUUUUUCUAGUCAUUGAGAUAAGCCGAGGACUAAAUAUUUUUCAAAGCUACUCCUUUUUCUAGUUUUUGAAAAGGAGUUUUGGGGAUGAAUA